AUGGCAAUUUCCCUUUUCUCGAUUGCAUAUUCGUUGUUCUUGAACGACACAUACACUCCACAAGUUGUUGUCGUCUUUGUUAUUAUCUUCAAUGCCGCUUUUGGAGCAUCAUGGGGACCUAUCCCGUGGAUGAUGAAUGAAGUAUUGCCAAACUCAGUGAGAAGUAAAGGAGCUGCGAUGUCAACCGCAACAAAUUGGCUCUUCAACUUCAUUGUUGGAGAAAUGACACCAAUCUUACUAGAUCUCAUAAAAUGGAGGACUUAUUUAAUCCCUGGUACUUCGUGUAUCUUGUCAUUCUUGUGCGUGCAUUACUUGUUCCCUGAAACAAAGGGUCUUUCCCUCGAGGAAAUGGGCUCAAUCUUUGAUGACAGCUCUUCCAUAUUCUCAUUCCAUUCCGGGUAUGGGUCCACGAAUGAUGUGGAAUCAAGAAGAAGUGUUGAACCAUCACAGUCCAGCGGUGAAACUCAAACCUUACACCAAACUGCGGCUCAAUUAGCACGCAAUCCCUCUUCUAUGAGAAACGAGCCUGAAGGUUUGAUUACAGGUACCCCUCAGUUACCGGCACUAACGUCUAAUGAUGCUGUUAAAUCUGUUGCUUCGGGGCUAUCCGGAAAUGCUGGUUUGUAUGAGGAUGCUACUGAACCGCCCACGUAUGAAGCAAUCAUCAAUUUUAAGAGGGCGAAGAAUGCCAAGUCUUGGUUCUCUUGGUCUCAACGGAAGACCGCUGGCUACGAAGUCCUCUCUUAG